ACGUGGGGUAGCACAAAUCUGCCAGAAUCAUUCCAAUACCUUAGACAAAGUGAACAUGAAAUACGGCAUAGCUUUGCAAGUUGCCCACCUGCUGGCCGGGGUGGCUUUGUUUAGCUCCAAGCUGGCCGAGGGGCAAUGGACACGUUGUGAGGUUGGUCAGUCGAAAGUGGUAAUUGAUGCGUAUGGGUUCCGCACCCUGUCAUCCCCCGGGAAUAUGUUUGCCCAGUGCAGUUUCCUGAUUAAAAAGAACCCUGCCAUUUGUCAGAUACGCUUGGACUUCAGCAAUUUUAAGUAUAUGUCAGCAAACGCAACCGGCAACUGUGAAGAGGACAAAUUGACAAUUAGUAACUCUGCCACGGUUAAAGAUGGGUUUACCACUUGCGGCGAUCUCACGGGACAACAUAUGUACCUCACAUUCGGCGAGGACUGUGACACGAUUGAGGUCACUACAAAAAUGUCGCCGAUAUCUCCCUCUAGCUCGUAUAAUAUUCUCAUGACACCAAUUCCCUGCUCGUCUCCGGGCCUUGUUCCGAGUCACUGCCUUCAACAUUUCAAUGGUAGCCAGGGAGUCGUGAGAUCGUUCGAUUAUCCCAACCAGCAGCAAAACAGUCAGGAGUACACGGUCUGCGUGGAGCCGAAGGGCGGUGGCGGGGAGGAAAUCAUUUGGAAGUCGUGCGGUUCUGAGGAUGGGUACCCGAGUAGUUCACCCUUCAGCAUCACGACAAAUCCGGUCCCGCCAAAAAUCUGUGACACAGAUUGGGUCGCGAUUAAUGGGGACGUCCCGCGAUGCGACAAGUUCCCGACAAGUGUUCGCUCUACCUGGAAACCAUUCCUGCUCAAUGUCAACUUUAACGAGGAGGAAAUCCCACCUCCCCGAUUCGGAGAAAAUCUCGGAGAUGUCGAUGACGUUUACUCCUGCAUUGGUGUUGGCGUAGCUUCCGGUGGGCUUCUUAUGUGUGCGUGGUUUCCUGAAACUGGGCCUGGUGUUGAGGGCACUUGCCAAUGUGACAUAAAUCCAAUAUUUUUCUCACCUGGGAUCGAUGUUAACGUUUUCUUUGGACCACCGCCGGACAUGGGAAAUACUGGAUUUUGCUUGAAAUAUGAUAUGCAAAUUUAGGAAUAGAGAUAUGUAUUCUUUGCGCACGCAUAAUUGUUUGACUUACAAGGUCAAGUUGCAAAUAAACUAAAAUUUGAAUGAAA